GCAAGUAAGACGCGGCACCGCGUGCACUGUGUUGAUUGUCAAAGUCUCAGGGAGCCCCAUUUCCGGAAGCCGUGAGUUCUGAGAAAAGUUCCUGUUCUUGAGUGCCCAAGUCUGCGAAUCCCCAACUAUGAGCGCCCUGGGCGUGCAGUCCUUUACCCAACAGGGCUGGGAGCAGGUGCUGGCCAAGGUGAAACGAGCUCUGGUCUACCUGGACGCCGCCUGUGCUGAAAGCCUGCACUGGGGCUGCGGAUCUACCCGGCUCCUGGAGGCUGUGGGGGGACCUGCGUGUCACCUGCGGGAGUUCGAGCCCGCAGCAGUUGCUGGCGGAGCUAAGCAGCCCAAGGCAGUGUUUGUGCUGAGCUGCCUACUGAAAGGCCGAACCGUGGAAACUCUACGGAACAUCAUCUGCCGCAGUCACUUCCAAUACUGUGUAGUGGUCACGGCCACGAACCAUGCUGUCCACCUCACUGCUAAUCAUGUUCCAGCAGCGGCAGCAGCCGAGCUGGAGGGGCAGCAGCCCGUAUUCGAGCAACUGGAGGAGAAGCUGUGUGAGUGGAUGGGCAGCAUGAACUAUACCGCCGAGGUACUUCACGUCCCAUUGUUGCUCGCCCCUGUUAGUCCCUACCUUGCCUUGACUCCAGCCUUUGCUUGCCUUUUCCCGCUGCUUCCCCAAGAUGUGGAUCUCCUUAACAGUGCUCGGCUGGACAAGAAGAGGAUGGGAAGCUUGGGUGAGGUGGAUUCCACUGCUUUGACCCCUGAGCUGCUACUGCAGAUCAGGUGCCUGGUGUCAGGCCUCAGUUCUCUGUGUGAACAUUUAGGUGUUCGGGAGGAGUGUUUUGCUGUAGGUUCCCUCAGUCGGAUCAUCGCUGCAGAUCUGGCCAAUUAUGCCCCUGCCAAGAACAGGAGAAAGACUUCCACAAGCAGGGCAUCAGUGGUGUUUGUGGACAGAACUCUGGAUCUCACAGGAACGGUUGGACAUCAUGGGGACAACUUAGUAGAGAAGAUCAUUUCAGUGCUUCCCCAGCUUCCUGGCCACACCAAUGACGUGAUGGUUAACAUGGUAGAGCUCACCGCACUGCAGAAUGAGGAGAAACAGAAUAUGAUUGCACCAGGCUGUCUCGCCCAAUCCAAUGACACUGCAGCCAAAGCCCUGUGGGAAGCCUUACUGAACUCAAAGCACAAAGAGGCAGUGAUGGAAGUCCGGAGACAUCUAGUGGAAGCAGCCAGCAGAGAAAACCUGCCAAUCAAGAUGAGUAUGGGAAGAGUCACUCCAGGGCAGCUGAUGUCCUAUAUUCAGCUCUUCAAGAACAACUUCAAAGCUCUAGUGAAUCACUGUGGACUCCUGCAGCUUGGACUGGCCACUGUUCAAACUCUGAAACACCCACAGACUGCCAAGUGGGACAACUUUCUGGCUUUUGAAAGGCUCCUUCUCCAGAGCAUUGGAGAGUCGACUAUAUCUAUUGUGUUAAAUCAGCUGCUGCCAAUGAUUAAGCCUUCAAAUCAGAGGACCAAUGAUGACUACAGCUCUGAAGAGCUAUUGAUCCUCCUAAUAUAUAUUUAUUCUAUCACUGGAGAGUUCACAGAGGACAAAGACCUGGCUGAAGCUGAAGAAAAAGUGAAGAAAGCAUUGGUUCAGGUCUUUUGUGAGGAAACUGAGUUGUCGCCUUUGCUUCAAAAAGUCACAGGCUGUGACUCUUCAAUUAACCUGACGUUUCACAAAUCCAAAAUUGCCGUGGAUGAACUCUUUACUUUGCUUCGGGAUAUUGCUGGAGCUCGGAAUCUCAUGAAACAGUUUAAAUCUGUCUAUGUUCCUGGAAAUCAUACUCACCAGGCAUCCUAUAAGCCAUUGUUGAAGCAGAUCGUGGAGGAAAUAUUUAAUCCCGAAAAGUCAGAUCCCAUUGAUAUUGAACACAUGUCUUCAGGCCUCAGUGAUCUCCUUAAAACUGGAUUUAGCAUGUUCAUGAAGGUGAGCCGGCCUCAUCCCAGUGACCACCCUCUCCUGAUCCUUUUUGUGGUCGGCGGAAUCACAGUCUCUGAAGCCAAAAUGAUCAAAGACCUUGUGCCGUCUCUGAAGCCAGGAACCCAGGUAAUCGUGCUGUCCACUCGACUCCUGACGCCACUUAAUAUUCUUGAGCUGUUAUUUGCAACUGAUCGGCUGCAUCCAGACCUUGGCUUCUGAGCACCUGCUAAGAUGAGACCUAACCGAGCUGGAAAUGCCACCCUAUUGUCUGUCAGCAUUCAAGAUAUGCCUCCAAAUCCAGUGUCCCUGGUACUAAGCGUCGGUAUGACUGGAUUCUGCCCGAACGGUCUUGAGAACCACACAGUGAAGUACUUUGCUUGGAUUCUUGUGAUUGUUUAAAAAAUAUAUUUUUUUUUCAUUCUUCUAAAGGUGUCUAACUGUCUUUCAACUGACCUAAUUCAUAAUGGUUCCCAUUUAUUCUUAACCCUCUAUUUCUGAUCUUCCUGAUUUCACCUCCAAGUUCAUUUAUUCUAAAUAAAUGCCUGUAGGUGAGUGUUGGUAGAUUAAAAGCCUUUUGAUCUGCAGUUGCUCAAAAAGAAGUUAGACAUGCUUUAGAAUUCUGAGUGUGAAGGAGGGAAGUUCAGGUUUUUUGAGAUUAUAUAACUGAGGAAGGAACAUUGCACAUAAGAUCUGAGGCUUUGUUUCUCUCUUGAUCCGAGACAUUUCCGAAAAGGUGAGAAAGGGAGGGAGAUGGGCAGGGCCGCCCUGGUAGUCUGCCUGCUGUAAAUCGGCCCACCUCGACCGAGGGCCGCGUUGUUCCAGCCUGUGCUCCGGGUGAGGCUGCCAGCCUCCUUGGGAGAAGGGUGGGCGAGCGGUUGCUUAGAGGGGGCUGCCUCUUCCUGGGAAGGGUACCCUUCCCUCCCAAAGGAAAACACCAAUAAUGAUGUCCGGUCCCAGGGAGUCUAGAUUUGAACCCCAACCCCUAUGACUUUUGUGAUUUCACUUCUAUUGAAAUAUAAAGCUUUCUUUUCUAUAAGUCUAAUUUUUCCUCCUGGCCAUAGCAGAAAAAAAACCUAGAUCCACCUAGUGAAAUUAUAUAUGAACUCACAAAAAUUAACCACUUGGAACCCAUACAUUUGUAGAUGUGUAGUUGAUGUAAAUUUCUGGCAUCUCUAAAAAGUGUUUGUAAUAAAGAGAUAAAGCUGAAAAACAGUUUCUAAUGUGGCAUAAAAGGUGGAGGAAAUAAAAUGUAAACCGAAA